UAUCAGGAAGCAUCCCGCGUGUAAUAAAUACACAAUGAAGGAAGCACAUAUAAAUAGUGUAGUUUAUAGUGCGUAGUUUAAUUUAUAACCAGUUUGUUCAAACAAAGGAGAUUACUUCCAGCAUUACAAAAAAAAAAGAAGUUGUUUGUUGCUUUUUUUUAAUUUUUAUUUUGAAGGUUCUAUGCUCAGAAGAUUUCUGUUUUUACUUCGUUGCUAACGAACGUGAUACUAUCAAAAUUAUAUAAACAUUCAUAGAUUUUUGGAUAGCAGAUUAUUUUUUUAAAAGCUAGAAACUCUUUUGUUCUGGUUAAACAAACAUAAGCCGCUAAGUAGAUGAACUGUAGUUUUCCGAAAAAAGUUACCAUACCUUAAGAGAUCGCUAAAUAAUGACCGUUAAGAAUUCAGCAAACAACGCUAUACCGACAGGAGAUGUCAUAACCUCACUGAGCUCUUCUUUACCAUCGAUAUUAUCUGGAGAAUUCAAAAAUUAUCCUAUUCAUACUAUUGACUACAAUAAUAAUAAUAACAAAAAUAACAAUCGCGAUACAAUCGAGAUCAAGCGCUUUUUGAGCAAUCCUAAUUUGAGUGAUAGGAAGCUAAUAGGCAAUGAAAUAAUAAAGCGAUGGUCUGGUUUUUUUCACUUGUCAGAACCUUAUACAGAGUGCGAUAAAACUAAAACUUUGAAACAGAACAAUAGUGAAAUCCUUUCACAUUCUGUAAAUAAACCAAUUUUACUUACUGCCAAUAAUGGGCAAGAAAGAGAAGAAUCUUGGAGCAAGUAUUUUGAGGGAAAAAAAAGUGUUAAAAAUAAGGCUUGUAGUUUUACUAGUAUAGUUGAUUAUAACGAAGACGAAAGAGCUCAUUCUCAGGAGUCGUCAAAUUUAUUUUACCAAGAAAGUCAAACUAAUUUAAACUCAUUUAAAAGUGCACGCCAAGUAAGCAAUGAUACUCUAGAUAAGUUUCAAAACACUGAAACUUAUAGAACUAACUCAUACCCAUCUAUCUAUCAUCAACCACAAUAUGUACUCAGUAAAGAAGAAAUUAGUAAAAACAUCUCAUAUGAUGAUUUUACUGUAUCAAGUGGUAAAAUAGCGCAUUUUGGUACCGAGGGAACAAAGUCGAAAGAAGAUACUAAUCAAUUAAGUCAUAAAAGGGAUAUAGAAUGCUAUAACAACAUGAGGGAUGAAGUAAAUGAGGUAGGUGAUAAAAUACCAUGUUACGAAAAAAAGUUAUCUUUCGAAAAUUCAAUGAUUAGCAUUUCUGAAGAUUUUUUAAAUCAUAAAAAAAACGAAAAACAAAGCUCUCAAAUAAAAACAAGACGCUAUGCUCGAUCAAUGUCUACAUGUCUUCCCUCUCCUAACAACGCUUUAGGAUCAUUUUUGAAAGAUGUCGAAUCUAAAACUCUAGAAAAAAAGAAAAUAACAACUAAGGUUUCUCAGAAAAAAAGAACUAAAAGUUUAGAUAAUUCAGUUCAAUUAAAUAAUAAUUUUGAUGUAAAAGAGCGUAUUCAAAAACCGCAUCAGUUUCUUAGUGUAAAAGCGUGUGAAAUCAAUAUAGAAUCGCAUAAAAAUUUACACAUUGACAAUAACAAGGUUCGCAACAAUACUGAAUCCCAAGAAACAGGGACCGAUAAAUCUGGAAAAGGAAAUAACACGACUAUGGGAAAAGGUUACGGCUUUGCUCAAAGUAUUUCGCCCGGUUCAUAUUUCAAUCAUGAUAAAAAUUUUAAGCCUCUAAGCCAAGCGUUAUCUAAUUCAAACGAUUCAAAUAUACAAGAUUUAGAUAUUAAUUCAAUAGAACGAGUUAGUAUUAUUGAAAGUAAAAAAACAUCUUUAGACAGAAAAAUCUCUUCAGAUAACAAUCAAAGUAAUUCUAUUCAGGAAUUUAGUAAAAGCUUUGAUGUUGAUCAUAAUACUGCACAACAUUUAAGUUUUUUAAAUCAAGGCGACUUCGAUUCUAAACAAUACGAUGAAGUUAGGAAAAAGCGAAUAAGUUUAACAAAUAAUACAGCUGCUUUUAGUGAACCAUUUGUACCAAAAUCGGCAUAUUUAAGAAAAAGAUUAGAGGAAAUAACACAAAAAAAUUUUUAUAAGAGUUUUACUACAAGCAUUGAUACAGAAUGCGAUACAUUAAUGCACAAAGAUAAUAAUGUCAACGAAGGCUUAAGAGAGCAUUUAGUUUCAAACUCCAGUAAUAAUUUGUUUUCGCAAUAUUUGUUUAAGAACUCAGAAAUACAAAAUCAAGAACUUAGUGACUUGCGUAAUACUUUUCCUCAAAAUACCAAUAGUAAUGAAGAUGCAAAGAAUGUAGAGUUUAAAUCAAACACAAUAAAACCAAAUAUAAAUUCAGAGACAGAAACUGGUAGAAAUUUUAAAGAGAAAUAUAAAGUAGAUGAGUCUAAAAUGGCUGAACCUUUAAUGCUAUCUAUUGAAAAGUACAAAAAAAAAAGUAGUUUAUUAUCAUAUAAAGAUAUAAAUCUUUCAACCUCUAAAUGUAAUGAAAGUAAUAAAAUUACACAUGGAAUUGAUAAUGUUUCAUUUUGUGAUGGAAAUAUCGUAGAUGAAAAAGACAAUGUUUCUAAACCUCCAUUGACUAUCUUCGGAGCAAUAACUAAAAUAACAUCAACAAAAAUAUCAAAAGCUGAUGAAAUAGUUAAAUCUUUUUCAGAUAAAAAUAAACAGUCCCAAAAUAAAAAUGCAUUCAGUGAAGAUUCUGUUAUAAAAGGAAAUUUGAAAAAUGACAUUCUUCAUGAAGAAAACUACUCGAGUAAUCAUUCAGAAAAACAUGAUUUUAAAGAGUUUAAUGGUCUUGAGCAUGAAAAACAAAAAAAACACUCAUUAUCUUCAAUUUUUAGUUUUCGAAAAGACAAAGAGUCUUCUCAAAAUGCACAGCAUUCCUUUUCAACUAGCUUUGAUAGUGGACAAGCUAAUUCAUCAGUUAUAGAACCAUCUGUUACUUCUCCUCAUGGAAAAACUCGAAGGCCUUCAUUUUUCAGACUUUUUCAUAGGAAAUCCAUUGAUCACACAACAGAGCCUCAAAUCGAUAACUCUGAAAUCACCAAGUUAGAGCAUGAUACCAAAAUUUUACCAAAUGAACCUAUUACUUCUAGUAUACCAGGUUCAAAUAUUAUUGAAAAAGAUAAUUUUUUACGAGAUAAAGUUAAUCUUGACGAUCAAUCCAUAAAAAAAGAUAGAGUCUCAAAAUCACUAAGUAUAACAGUAAAUAGGAAGCAAAUAGUCUCGCGAUCUGAAUCUCAAGAAUCUAUUGAAGUUAGUCAGAACAACAUUACAGUAACUGAUACUUCAGUGUUAAGCUGUUUAAAACAGGACAAUAAUGACGUAUUUUUAGACGAAAAAUUUGAAGAUACUUCAAAGUCUACUUUGAGUGUCCCAUCAUCGAACCAGAUGUUUGGAAGUCAGGAUUCAGUGUAUGACAGUGAAACUAGUACAAAAAGAUACAGUAAGAAUAAAGAGCGUAUAAAAAAUCGUAAGGCUGCUAAAAGUGUCACUGAGCGUGCAAAGUCCCUUACAAUUGAACCUGGUGAUAUGGAAAUUGAUUUUACUAAUGCUGCACAAGUAGGAAAAGCUAUAGAGUCUGUUGAGAGUAUUGACAAAUCUAACAUUGAUAGUUCUAGCAUUGAAUCGUCAUUCACACCUAGAAGUUCUAGAAAAAAACACAAAGCAAGAAGAUCGAAUACAGAGUUUAUUACAAAUGUUCCUGAGAUAUGUUUACAACCUUCAACACCUGUGAUGACUCGUGAUGAUGGUGUAGUGUUAAGAAGGAACAAUAGACGCAACAAUAGGCAAAAUCGUCCUAAAACAUUACUUAGUGGAUUAGAUUCUGAUAUGGUAUUUUCAGAAGGUAAAAAUGAUAGAGGAUCAGGAGUAAUAAAUGAAAAUUUAAGUUUUGCUGAAAUAAAGAAAAAACUUCUUGAAGGUUUGCCUGAUAAUACCAACACUAACGUUUCUCCUGAAAAAAUUAACCCUAAUGAAAGACAAAAAAUUAAAAGAACUAGGUCAACCAAAAGAUAUAAAACUAUAACUGAAGGUAUUGCUCCUCGUGAUCUUGAACUUGCUAAACAAGCUGCUGAAGCUGCUCAGCAGCAGGACAAAAAUAGAGAGUCUUUGAAUAAAGAAACAUUUCAACAAAUAACUGCUGCUUUAAUGUCAAAUGCUGAUAAGCGUAAAAGUUUUUUAGUUGAAGACCAUUCAACAAAUUUAAAAUCUAAUGAAGAAUUAGGUACUUCUCGUUCAAAUCUAUCUAAUUUAAAACCAAAUAGUGAAAUAAAUCCGCCAACAAUGCUUAAGCGAACUAAAAGCAUGACAACAAUUAAUAUAAACAUGAAUGUUGAAGACUCUAAUGAAGAAAUUAAGCCCCUUUCUGAAGUAAAGAAUCGUUUUUUACAAGCAAUGGAGCACACAAAACAAAAACAUUUAACAAAAAAAACACCAAUUGAUUUGAACACAAAGGUUAUUUCACAAAGAGAAAGGCCUCACACUAUUGCAGGGUUAGACGAUUUGGCCAUGGAUAAAUUACAAAAUGAAAUCAAAGCUGAAACAGAAAAAGAAAAACAUAAACAAAUAGUAGAUAAAGUUGAAAGGAAAUCUUCAAAAGAAGUUUUGGCAGAGAAAAUAGAUGUGAAUAAAUUAUCAAAUACUAUUGGAGAAGAAGCAACUCAAAAACGAGAAAAGAAACGUUAUACACGGUUAGAUAGCAAGAAACUUUUUGAAGAUCUUUUCGAUGAUCUUGAUGACAUAAUGAAUGAGGGUGUUACAGAAACUGAUUUAGCAUCUGCACUGGAAUGCAAUCCAUCUCUACAUUAUUCUCAACAAAAUUUAAGUAAAAAAAAAGUUAAUGAUCUUGAAAUGUUUGAUUAUAAAAACGCAGAAGAUAAAUACCUACUUGAAAGGCAACAGCAUAAAACAGACAAUCAGCUAUCAGAUCUUGAUUUUGUAUCAAUGAUGUCUUUAAAUCUUUCGUCCUCAUCAACAUCUGACAAGCGCAACAUACGUCCCCAGCGACAUCAUAAAACUGUAACAAAUCCAAUAAAAUUACUCCAACAACGUGAUGAUCUUAUUGACGAAACAGUUCUUGCAACAACUGCCAAGGAGGAAAAAUCUAAUUUAAGAGAACAGAGGAUUAGCCAAAGCAAUGAAAAUAAAAGAUUUUCUGACAGUUUUUCAAAUCGACAAGAUUUGGAUGAAAGUGCAGUGAGUGCACUUCGAAUGACUGUUGAUUUUUCAAAAACCAAGUUACGUAAAGUUGAAGUUGGAACAAAAAGCAAUGGUUUAUCAGAGGGUUUUGAAGUCACUAACAUCACCAACAUUCUUCUACAAAUCAAAGGUCGUAAAAAGGUACAAACUUCUGUUGUUAACUAUAGUGUUUCUUCUUUGAAUUCCAACGAUUGUUUCAUUGUUAUUACUCCAAAAGAAUUAUUAUGCUGGUACGGUGCUCAGGCAAAUGUUAUUGAAAAGGCAAAGGCAGCUGAAGUAGCAUCACGCAUUCAUCAAAAAAAAGAGUUUGGAUGUAAAGCAUUUGAAGUUAUAUACUGUGAAGAGGGUGGUCAAACAGACAGUAAAAUAAUGCGCAUGUUAUCUGAACAAAAUAAGCAAGAUAAAUGGAAUCAAGAUGUGUUGAACGAUGAAGAUUUUGAAAAGACUAUUAUUUCAGCUUAUAUGACUUACACUCUAUGUGAAGCAACUGACCCACCCGAACUUAUUCCAGUUGAUACACAGUGCCAUAGAAUGCCUUCAAAAGAGAUACUUCUUUCAAACUGUGUUUUUGUAUUUGACUUUAUAACUGAAGUUUAUGUAUGGGUUGGUCAACAAACAAGUUCACAACAACGAAAAGCUAUUCAACAACUUGCUUCGGAAAAGUUUAAAGAAGGUCAUUACGCUUUUGAUCUUGAUUCAUCUUCUUCAAACAUGCAUCAUCAUGGGAAAACUCGUAAAAUAUCGAUGUCAAUUAAACAUCGCAACAAACACAUAAAGAGAGUAAGUGCAAUGCAAGGGCGCUACCAAAAAGAAGAAAUAGUGAACCGUGCAGAAUAUGCAAUUUUGAUGUUAUUAUUUGAAGGAUCAGAAUGGGUGAUUUUCAAAGAGAAGUUUUGUGAUUGGCCUGAUGAAAGUAGAAUUAUUCGAAUGAAAGGAGGACCUGAAGGUGAAGUUGUCAAAACUGUAGCAGAACUAACUAUUGAUCCUGUUGAUCCAUGCAUAAUGAUACCAGAAUCACCUCUACCAAAGUUGAUUCUUGAAAGUUAUGAUAUUGGUCGUGGUGGUGGCAACCCUAAUGGAAUGGAUGGUUAUCAUGUUAUAACACUAGAUGUGAAAACAUGGUUUGUUAGUGAAAAUAACUCAAUUCUUUUACCAGAUAAAAGUUUUGGUCAAUUUCAUUCUGGUGAGGGUUAUGUAAUACGUUGGCAGUAUCGCAUUGUGAAGGUGCGAGCUCUUCGCAAUCUUGAUGAUCCUUUAAAAGCUGGUGGCAUAGAACGUUGUUGUUACUUUUUUUGGCUAGGAAAUGAUUGCAGUGUAAAUGAAGAAGGGGCCACAGCUCUAAUGACUGUUGAACUUGAUCAAGAAAAAGGACCACAAAUUAGGGUGACACUUGGUAAAGAACCUCCAGCUCUUUUAAAUCUUUUUAAUGGUGGAAUGGUUAUUCAUGCCGGUAAACGUCCUGCACCUGGUCUGAGAACUCAGUAUACUGACACCUCCGUUAUUCGACUUUAUUGCAUCCGAGGUGAAUUACCUAAUGAAGCUUGUUUACUUCAAGUACCUGCAAUAUCUGAAUCACUUCGCUCACGUUCAAGUUUUAUACUUUUGUUAUGCACUCAGGGUGAAGUGUUUUUAUGGCAUGGCUGUUGCUCCAGUAGUGAAAUUAGAAUUGCUGCAACUCAUGCUGCAAAACAGUUAAUUGCAAAUCACCCUGAUGAAGCAUCCAUAGCUUCAAUGAAUGAGAUUGGUUUAACCGAAAUCGAAGAAGGCGAAGAACCUGAAGUGUUUUGGUUAGCUCUUGGUGGACAAGAAGACUAUGGAAGUUUAUUAGACGAACCUGAUGUCAAAAGUUUGUCUAUUCGAUUAUUUCAAAUGCAGAGCACAACAGGUAAAUUUAUUUCGCACGAAAUCAUUUGCCCUUCAAGAAGUGAAAAUAUACACUGUCCUUUUCCUGUUCUGCAAGAUGACUUAUAUAAUGUUGAACAACCAGCUAUCUUUAUUUUGGAUUCCAGUAUUCAUAUAUACGUGUGGUUUGGCUGGUGGCCUGAUGAUGAUGAUGUUGGUGAAAGCAGCUCAAAGAUUAGACGUUGGGGUGAAGAACGAAAGAAAGCAAUGGAGAGUGCCUUACUUUAUGCUGAAAAAAUGGAUCGCGACCCAGAUAAUAUGUAUAUUGUGUAUGCAGGGCUUGAACCAGAUUCUUUCAUUGACCUUUUUCCAUACUGGGUUGUACAAGAGGACAUAACUGAUUUGCAAAUUGAUAUGGGAAUUGAGGAAAACAAACUGUACAAAGUCACUGAAGAGCUGGCGUUAUUUACAAAGGAAUACUACACCAUAGAUGAACUCCGUCGUAAACCACCUCCGCAAGGUAUUGAUCCUACCAAACUAGAGAAAUAUUUAUCAGAGGAAAGUUUUUUGGAAGUAUUUCAUUUUCAAAAAGCAACAUUUUACAAACUACCAGUCUGGCAGCAAGUCAAUUGGAAAAAGAAAGUUGGACUUUAUUAAAGUUAACUUUUUUAGCUGUUUUUUUAAAAAAGACUUUAUUACAAAUACGAGUGAGACAAAUAGUGUAAUCGUGUCUUAUUCAUUUAAACAUGCCAUAAACUUUACCUUUAUAUUUAAUUUGUAUAUUUUCGGCAGUUUCUUUCAUAUACAUUCAUAUUUUAUUGCUUACUUUAUGUCAGCACAUAAGUAAUUCACUAUAUUACCUUAUCGAAGGAAGGACUUGUCGAAUGCUAUUGACCGGAUAUUUAAAGAUUUGUAUUUAUUGAUUAUUAUAAAACAAAUAAAAAAAUAUAUAUAUAUUAGUAUGUAUCUAUAUUCAUUUAUGAGACAUUAAAUAUUAGACGUAUGUUAAAUAUGUCGUUAAAUAUUAGACGGUAUGUUAAAUAUGUCGUUAAAUAUUAGACGGUAUGUUAAAUAUGUCGUUUUUUUGUUCAAGUUUUUUAUUUAUUUUUUUAUUUGAUUUUACUACUUUUUUUAACAAUGUUAGGUAUUUAUAUAUUCAAUAAAUAACGCCUUUUUUUUUAAAUAAAAAAAGUUGCUAAAAUUUUCUGUGGAUUUUUUUUAAAAAUAUUUUAUCUAGUGUAGAUUAUCACUACUUAAUUGUAAAUAAAUUAGAACUUCUUUAAAAUUUUUAUAUUAUGUUUUUACCGUUACAUAUUGUAAAUAAUAAUGACAUGUUUCAAAUAUUAUUUUUUUAUGUGAUUUUUAUUUUGCACAACUGUAAAAAUUCUAAAAAGAAUCAAAGAAAGGUUAUUUAAGUGUA